GUACUAUUGUAAUUAUAACAAGAAUCUGAGGCACAAUGGGAGACGAUAGCGAAUGGAUGAAACUGCCCAUUGACCAGAAGUGUGAACACAAGCUGUGGAAAGCCAGACUGAAUGGCUACGAAGAAGCUCUGAAGCUCUUCCAGAAAAUAGAUGAUGAGAAAAGCCCUGAGUGGUCCAAGUACCUGGGUCUGAUAAAAAAAUUUGUGACAGACUCCAAUGCAGUGGCUCAACUGAAAGGAUUAGAAGCAGCACUUGCCUAUGUUGAAAAUGCUCAUGUAGCAGGAAAGACAACGGGUGAAGUGGUUUCUGGAGUUGUAAAUAAAGUGUUCAAUCAGCCAAAAGCCAGAGCAAAGGAGUUGGGCAUAGACAUAUGUCUAAUGUAUAUAGAAAUUGAGAAAGGGGAACCAGUCCAAGAAGAAUUACUCAAAGGUCUGGACAACAAAAACCCUAAGAUCAUAGUAGCAUGUAUAGAGACUCUGAGGAAAGCGCUAAGUGAAUUUGGCUCAAAAAUAAUCUCACUAAAGCCAAUAAUAAAAGUAUUGCCAAAACUUUUUGAGUCUCGAGAGAAGGCUGUUCGAGAUGAAGCCAAACUCCUUGCUGUGGAGAUCUAUCGUUGGAUAAGGGAUGCUCUGAGACCCCCACUACAGAACAUAAACUCUGUCCAGCUAAAAGAGCUAGAGGAAGAAUGGGUCAAAGUACAACCAGCAGCUCCCAAACAGACUCGAUUUUUACGUUCUCAGCAAGAUCUGAAAGCAAAGUUUGAGCAGCAGCAGGCAGCUGGAGGUGAUGCAGAUGGAGGAGGAGAUGAUGGGGACGAGGUGGUCCCACAGGUGGAUGCAUAUGAGCUUCUGGAAGCCGUGGAAAUUCUUUCCAAACUUCCCAAAGACUUUUAUGACAAAAUAGAAGCCAAAAAGUGGCAAGAGAGGAAAGAAGCCCUAGAAGCUGUUGAAAUUCUGGUGAAGAAUCCCAAACUGGAAGCAGGAGACUAUGCAGACUUGGUUAGAGUUCUUAAAAAGGUUGUUGGGAAGGACACAAAUGUUAUGUUGGUUGCUUUGGCUGCCAAAUGCCUUGCUGGUCUGGCUACUGGCCUCAGGAAGAAAUUUGGACAAUAUGCAGGACAUGUUGUUCCAACCAUCCUAGAGAAAUUUAAAGAGAAGAAGCCUCAAGUGGUGCAGGCACUACAGGAGGCCAUUGAUGCAAUCUUCCUUACUACCACAUUACAGAACAUAAGUGAGGAUGUGUUGGCUGUAAUGGACAACAAAAACCCAACCAUCAAACAACAGACAUCUCUUUUCAUUGCGAGAAGCUUUCGUCAUUGCACACCUUCUACCCUGCCAAAGAACCUGCUAAAACCCUUCUGUGCUGCUCUUCUCAAGCAUAUUAAUGAUUCUGCACCAGAAGUAAGAGAUGCUGCAUUUGAAGCAUUAGGGACCGCCCUGAAGGUAGCGGGGGAGAAAGCUGUGAACCCUUUCCUUACAGAUGUAGACAAACUUAAACUUGAUCGGAUUAAAGAGUGUGCUGAAAAGGUGGAACUGGCUUGUGGUAAGAAGGCAGGAGGAGCAGCUGAUAAAAAGGAAGGCAAAACUCUUCCUGGAAAGACCCCAGUUGUUUCGGGGGCUGCUGGAGACAAGGAUACAAAAGAGACUUCAGCCAAAUCAGGACCACCAAAAAAAGCACCUGUUGUCAAGCCUGGUGGCCCACCCAAAAAAGGCAAACCAGCAGCAACUGCUGGUAUGGGAGGCGCUGGAACUAAAGGCAAGAAAGGACCUGAGACUAAAGAGAUAUUUGAAUCUGAGCUCUCGAUAGAAGUGUGCGAAGAGAAAGCUGCAGCUGUCCUUCCAGCCUCUUGCAUACAGCAGCUGGAUAGUGGCAACUGGAAGGAGAGGCUUGCCUGUAUGGAGGAGUUUCAGAAGGCUGUAGAACUAAUGGAAAAAAAUGAAAUGCCUUGCCAGGCUCUAGUGAGGAUGCUGGCCAAGAAACCUGGGUGGAAGGAAACCAACUUUCAGGUGAUGCAGAUGAAGCUUCACAUAGUUGCCCUGAUUGCACAGAAAGGAAACUUCUCCAAAACAUCAGCACAAAUUGUGUUGGAUGGUCUUGUGGACAAGAUUGGUGAUGUAAAAUGUGGGAGUAAUGCAAAGGAAGCUAUGACAGCAAUAGCAGAGGCAUGUCAGUUGCCGUGGACUGCUGAACAGGUUAUGGCCAUGGCUUUCUCACAGAAGAAUCCUAAAAACCAGUCAGAAACCCUGAACUGGCUCUCAAAUGCAAUUAAAGAGUUUGGCUUUUCUGGGUUGAAUGUCAAAGCUUUCAUUAGCAAUGUGAAAACAGCUCUUGCUGCCACUAACCCAGCUGUGAGGACCUCUGCUAUUACGUUGUUGGGAGUCAUGUAUCUCUACGUGGGUCCCCCUCUGCGAAUGUUCUUUGAGGAUGAGAAGCCAGCUCUUCUCUCCCAAAUAGAUGCGGAAUUUGAGAAGAUGCAGGGACAAACCGCACCAGCCCCAACUCGAGGUGUUUCCAGGCACAGUGGUGGCAAUGGGGAUGAUGGUGAGGAAGAAGAGCAGGAGGAUGUAGGGAGUGAUGUUGUGGAUCUCCUUCCAAGAGCAGAUAUCAGUGAGAAGAUUACAAGUGAACUGGUGUCUAAGAUUGGUGACAAAAACUGGAAGAUCCGAAAGGAAGGUCUAGAUGAAGUGGCGAGCAUCAUUAAUGAUGCCAAGUUCAUACAGCCAAAUCUAGGAGAACUUCCAGCUGCUUUGAAGUCUCGCCUCAAUGACUCCAAUAAAAUCUUGGUACAACAAACACUGAGCAUUCUCCAGCAGCUAGCUAUAGCAGUGGGCCCAAACGUCAGGCAGCAUGUGAAAAACCUGGGUAUUCCUAUUAUUACAGUCCUAGGGGACAGUAAGAACAAUGUCCGUGCUACUGCACUAGCAACUGUGAAUGCAUGGGCAGAACAGACUGGCAUGAAAGAGUGGUUGGAAGGAGAAGACUUGUCAGAGGAGCUCAAAAAGGAGAAUCCUUUCUUAAGACAAGAGCUUCUGGGAUGGCUGGCUGAAAAGUUACCUACCCUCCGUUCAGUUCCUUCUGAUCUGCUUUUGUGCGUGCCUCAUCUGUAUUCCUGUCUAGAGGAUCGAAAUGGGGAUGUGCGUAAAAAGGCCCAGGAUGCCCUGCCAUUCUUUAUGAUGCAUCUUGGUUUCGAGAAGAUGGCUAAAGCCACUGGCAAGCUGAAGCCUACUUCCAAAGACCAGGUCCUGGCCAUGCUUGAGAAGGCCAAAGCCAACAUGCCAGCCAAACCAGCUGCUCCUGCUAAGGCAUCUUCCAGGAUGGCAGGAGGAGCAGCACCAGCCAAAUUCCAGUCUACAUCAGCACCCACUGAUGAUUCAGGGUCCAGCACCAUGGAGUAUAAGCCUGACCCAAAAAAGGCCAAAGCAGGAGGAGCUGCCUCUAAAGCCAAGCAGUCUGAUGGUAAUAACAGUAUGUCCAAGGGCAAUACAAGCCUAUCCAAAGCUAAUACAAGCCCCACCAAAGGCAGUUCCGGUCUGACAAAGAACAGAGCCAUCAAACAGGGUAUCCAAGGGAAGAAAGUACCAAGCAAACCUAACCUGAAGGAAGAUGAAGACAAAUCUGGUCCUGUUUUUAUCAUCGUCCCAAAUGGGAAAGAGCAGAGAAUGAGAGAUGAGAGAGGAUUGAAGGUGUUGAAAUGGAACUUCACUACUCCCCGUGAUGAAUAUAUCGAGCAGCUAAAGACUCAGAUGUCCAGCUGUGUUGCUAGGUGGCUACAGGAUGAGAUGUUUCAUGCAGACUUUCAGCACCACAACAAGGCAUUGACUGUUAUGAUCGAGCACUUGGAGAGUGAAAAAGAUGGAAUUAUUAGCUGCCUGGAUCUAAUUUUGAAGUGGCUCACACUGCGCUUCUUUGAAACCAACACAAGUGUUCUGAUGAAGGCCCUUGAAUACCUUAAAUUGCUUUUUACCUUGCUGAGCCAGGAGGAGUACCACCUUACUGAGAACGAAGCAUCCUCUUUCAUCCCAUAUCUUAUUUUGAAGGUUGGGGAACCAAAAGAUGUUGUUCGCAAGGAUGUGCGUGCCAUUCUGAACAGAAUGUGCCUCAUUUAUCCAGCCAGCAAAAUGUUCACUUUCCUUAUGGAGGGGACAAAGUCCAAAAACUCCAAACAGCGGGCAGAGUGCCUGGAAGAGUUGGGGUGUCUAGUUGAAUCCUACGGUAUGAAUGUCUGCCAACCAACUCCAGGCAAAGCCCUAAAGGAGAUGGCAGCUCACAUUGGCGACCGGGACAACACCGUCCGCAAUGCUGCACUCAACACCAUUGUGACUGUUUACAAUGUGCAUGGAGACCAGGUGUUCAAGCUGAUUGGAAAUCUUUCUGAGAAAGACAUGAGCAUGCUGGAGGAGAGAAUAAAGAGGUCAGCCAAAAGACCAGCUGCUGCUCCAGCAAGGCAAGUAGAGGAAAAACCACAGCGUCUUCAGACCACCAGUGCCAAUACUAGCAUGCUGCGUAAGGGAUCAGCUGAGGACGUGUCCUCCAAACUCAGUCAAGCCCGCAACAUGAGUGGCCAUUCUGAGACGAUGCAUGCAGUUCCACGGGAGUUCCAGCUGGAUCUAGAUGAGAUCGAGAAUGACAAUGGUACAGUCCGAUGUGAGAUGCCAGCACUUGUACAGCAUAAACUAGAUGACAUUUUUGAGCCAGUCCUGAUUCCGGAGCCCAAGAUCCGUGCUGUGUCCCCACACUUUGAUGAUAUGCACAGUAACACGGCUUCCACUAUCAACUUUGUCAUCUCCCAGGUAGCCAGUGGUGACAUCAAUACUAGCAUCCAGGCUCUGGCACAGAUUGAUGAAGUCCUCAGACAGGAGGACAAAGCAGAAGCCAUGUCUGGCCACAUUGACCAGUUCCUAAUAGCUACGUUCAUGCAGCUUCGACUGAUCUACAACACACACAUGGCAGAUGAGAAGCUGGACAAGGAUGAGAUAGUCAAGCUUUAUAGCUGCAUCAUUGGGAACAUGAUCUCGCUAUUCCAAAUAGAGAGCCUAGCCCGGGAGGCCUCCACAGGAGUGCUAAAGGACUUGAUGCAUGGGCUUAUCACAUUGAUGCUGGAUUCACGAGUCGAAGACCUUGAGGAAGGUCAGCAGGUCAUACGAUCAGUCAACCUUCUGGUGGUGAAAGUUCUAGAGAAGUCUGACCAGACGAAUAUCCUGAGUGCCCUGCUUGUUCUGCUCCAGGACAGUCUGCUAGCAACGGCCAGCUCUCCCAAGUUUUCAGAGCUUGUCAUGAAGUGUCUAUGGAGAAUGGUGCGGCUUCUGCCUGAAACGAUCAAUAGCAUCAACCUGGACCGAAUUCUGUUGGACAUCCACGUUUUCAUGAAAGUCUUUCCCAAGGAGAAGCUGAAACAGUGUAAGAGUGAAUUUCCCAUAAGGACACUGAAGACUCUACUUCAUACCCUGUGCAAGCUGAAAGGGCCCAAGAUCUUGGACCACUUAACAAUGAUAGACAACAAAAAUGAGUCUGAGCUGGAAGCUCACCUGUGUAGGGUAAUGAAACACUCUAUGGACCAAACUGGAAGCAAGGCUGAUAAGGACACAGAAAAAGGGGCUUCCCGCAUAGAUGAAAAGGCUUCAAAGGCCAAAGUAAAUGAUAUUUUAGCAGAGAUAUUUAAGAAGAUUGGGUCCAAGGAGAACACUAAAGAGGGCCUGGCAGAGCUGUAUGAAUACAAAAAGAAGUAUUCUGAUGCGGACAUUGAGCCUUUCCUGAAAAACUCAUCUCAGUUCUUCCAAAGCUAUGUUGAACGAGGCCUCCGGCUGAUUGAGAUGGAGCGGGAAGGCAAAGGACGCAUUCCAUCUUCUACAGGAAUUUCUCCUCAGAUGGAAGUAACAUGUGUCCCCACUUCCACCAGCACAGUGUCUUCAUCCAUAGGGAACACAAAUGGGGAGGAAGUGGGGCCUUCAGUCUACCUGGAAAGGCUAAAAAUCCUCAGGCAGCGCUGUGGUCUUGACAAUGCAAAGCAGGAAGACAGAGCACCACUAACAUCGCUGCUUUCCAAACCAGCAGUCCCUACAGUUGCAUCCUCCACAGAUAUGCUCCACAGUAAACUCUCGCAACUCCGUGAAUCACGGGAACAGUACCAACAUUUGGACCUGGACUCCAAUCAGACUCACUCCUCUGGCAUUGGAACCACCACAUCCUCCUCUUCCACAGCAGCCAAUAUUGAUGACUUGAAAAAAAGACUGGAGAGAAUAAAAAGCAGUCGCAAAUGAAGCUCCGUGAGGGACAUCAUGGCUGGAGCCUAAGCUGUCUUCAGCUUUAGUUUACUAAACUAGAAGUCUUCAUAGUUCAAGUGGCCUCAUUUAGGCCUAGUGUAUACAAACUGGUUUAUGUAUAAUACAGUGGAUUUUGGGGAGGAUGAGUCAUUGUGGCACAAGUAUUUGUACAUACUCUGCUUCUCAGUUGACAUCCCUUGACAAUAGAAGACUGUCUGUGUAUUAGUUUUAGUGUACAGACCUGUAAACAGCCAUCCUCCUGCUCAGACUAGUUUCUCAUAACUUGGGUUUUUAUUAGUAAAAUUGUCUUAAGAUCUUUUUCCUAGCUCUUAACUCCUAGAAGCUCUUUAGUGGUUUCACUUUUAAUUUUGUGAAUUCUUCUCCAUGUAAUCCUUGAACUGUUGAUUCUGUAUGGACGCAUGGCAUGAAAUAACUAAUUUAAGUGUCUUUUGUAAAUAAAGUUUGCAUUAACUAUACCAGUCUCUGUAGGAGCAGCAGCAACUGUUGGUGAGAAUAGAAGCCACUUGGUGUUGCUGGAUGCUAGUGCCUGGGCACUUAUGAGCUGAAUCCAGCUCUUCUUGAUUUGAACCUUGGCAUUGGAAUGUAGCAUUGGGAAACUGGACUCCUGAGAAAAUGUGCCCUUUCUAGCCAUUGGAAGGAGCCCUGAGAUUUUUGCAUUCCUUUAUAUCAGAAGUGCGUUUGCUAUAUUAAUACACUGCUUUUUGUUUACUCAGUGUUUUUUUUGUAAAAAAGUUGGAAAAGAAUAGACCAACAAAUGUUUAGCAACCUAGUCGUUUGAAAUCUUUGGUCCCUGUGAAGCAACUACCCAGAUCAAGCAGUCCCUUUGUGAAUAAGUCUGGUGACGUGCCUGCCUUUUCCAAAGGAAAGGGACUGGGUAACAUUUUUCUGAGGCACAGAAAUGUAUAAGUAAGCAGUACCCUAGAUUCAGUGUAUGUAUUGGACUUCUUGCUCAGUGGUCUUCCCCAUACAGCUCUCUUGAAAGCAGGUGGAUAUCGGCACACACAAUCAUUGCACUUACAAGCAUCUAACUUUGGCGGAUUCUAUCUUGGAUCUUUCUAAAUGAAGUGAUCAGAUAUUAUCUGGUAAUGUCAGUUUGUGAAAGUUGUGAUAAGAGAAUGUCCUUAGGCCACUGCCUUUGAAAAAUGCUUAAACGGUCAAGACCUGGACUCAGCCUGAUGAUUGCUUCUCUGGCGGGGAGGAUAGGGGGAUUGUCUUCAUUUGGCUGUUUGGCUCU